GCCAUUGCUGGAUCCAGGGUUCAGCUAGGGAGACGGCAAUGGUGUGACGACGUGCUAGGGCGCCUGACCAUCAUGCCUGCUUGCAAAGAAGGGCUGAGGACUGGCCUCUAGCAAGUGGGAAAACCAGGUGCUCGCAGCCUGGGCAGGUGCAAGGACCGGCGCAGAAGCAGGCUGCUUAUCACAGUGCGUCUGACCAUGGCAGACGAAGACAGAAAUGCCGAGGACGGCACGUCACCAGAGUAUGCGCGGCAGCGGUCGAGCAGCUACAGUAGGAGCGUCCUAGACGAUCUCAUGGCAGAGGACGACGACUUUCAUGAUCUUGACGAGGAGGAUUUGUAUGACGACUUGAAUGAUGAGAUUGAGGAGGCAGACAGAUUGCCUGAUCCAGAGCCUACAAACGGCGGACCUGCGACGACACGGGCCUCGGAGGAGCCCAAGGAGCAGGUUGAAAAUGGAGGUCGCAAGGAAGAGGCUCCAAAGAAAGAGGCCAGGGCCCCUCCUCGAGUCCAUGAGACGAGGUCGGUGGAUGUCAAGCCUCUGCGGGAGACAUACUCAACAAGGCCGGACCGGAAUGGUGACGCGCGGUUUCAGCACUGGCCAGGGCCGCAGCGGCCGUCGUAUAACAAACUUCCAAAGCGAGGCAUCCGGUACUUCAUCAUCAAGAGCGUCUCGCACCGAAAUAUUGCAACGUCCAUCGAGAAAGGGGUCUGGGCCACGCAGGCAAUCAACGAGGCAAAGCUCAACCAAGCGUUUGAGACUGCAGAAUCGGUCAUCCUCGUGUUCAGUGUCAACCAGAGCGGGCACUUCCAGGGCUACGCGCGCAUGGCCUCCCCCAUCGGACGUAGUCGAUCGGGCCAGUGGAGCGAGAACGAGGGCGGGGGAGGGCCCUGGGGGGGGGACUUCGCAGUGGAGUGGCUGCAGCUCUACGAUCUCGCGUUCAGCAAGACGCUGCACCUGCGCAACCCCCUGAACGAGAUGAAGCCGAUUAAAAUCAGCCGGGACGGGCAGGAAUUGCCGCCGGAGAUUGGGGAGGUUGUCUGUGCGCUGAUGGACGAGGGGGCGGAGAGCGAGGGGCGGGGGGGCAAAAGGCCCAUCGUUGCUGGGGAGUACAAAACCAAGGACGUCGGACUGCCGGACGAAGAGCCUCCCUUCGAUGCCCCCAUCCCCGGCCCCCUUUCCGGCCGAGGCUUCGGCAGGGGGGGUCCGCCUCGCCCCUCAGGACGAGGCUUCGGGCGCCCCCCGUUUGUGGACGGGCCAGGCCCGCGUCCAGGUUUCGGACCCGCGUUCCGAGACGGCCCAGGUUUUAGACCGGGGUUUGCACCCCGGGGGUAUCGGGACGGGCCCUUCAUGGAGGGCCCGAUGGGACCCUUCCCUUUCGGGAGAGCUCCGCCGUUUGCGGAGGGGCCCCCUUUCGUCGACGGACCAGGGUUCCGGCCACCAUUCCGUGCACCAUUCGAAGAGGGGCCGCCGUUUGCGGGUAACGGGUAUGGCGAGGGGCCGUUUCCGUCUUGGGGGGGUCCCCCUUACCGAGAGGGUCUGCCCGGGGGGCCUGGGUUCGGGGCGGAGUUGCCAGGAUUUCGGGAAGGAUACGUGCGGCGACGGCCGUCGAGGUCUCCCCCUGCCAGGGGCCGAUCGCGGUCUCGUUCGCCGGCGGGGGGGUACUCGGAGGAAGAGCGGCCCAGGAAAAAGUCCCCCUCGGCAAGGAAGCGCCGGUCGCCGUCCCCCCACAGUAGCCGGCGGUCGCGCUCGCCGAAGAAGGAGAAGCGGAAGAAGAGCAAGCGGCGCUCGGAGAGCCCCCCGCCCAAAAGCCGCUCCAAGAAGGUGUCGCCGCCGCCCGAGGAGCUUCUGAACAUGUCAUAUGAAGAUUAUGUCGCCAGAAUGACGGGAGCAGCGGGAGGUUACCCCGUUGAAGGAGCGUACCCGGGGGAGUAUGGGCGACCGCCGAUCGCUGCUCCGAAGGAAUUGUAUGGUCCUGAAGCAUACUACAGGAGCCAGGGCUACUGGCCAGGUGCUGAAGGGCCCGGAGGUUAUGGACGGCGUCCGCUGUAAACAUUGCUAACUUCAGGCGAUUUGCUUAAUCAGGAUGCGAGUCUAGAGGGUAGAGGACUUUCCAACUGGUAGUGCUGCACAGGUCUUGAUGCUUUGAACCAGAUGUCAACAAAGACCAGAGAAAUGCUUGUUGUCUGGUGUGUCUUGGAGGAACACGCUUAGCAUAAAGUGCGUUCACUACGUUGCCACAGACACUGUAUGGUCCAUCCUGAUUGGAGGGUGAUGAGCCCAGCUCAAUGACUCGAAGCAAACCUAUAUUAUUGAGGUUGAAGUAUCUCGCGCGCAAGAUCGAACAGUGAAUCAGAUAAAACCGUAUUUACAAAUCCGGGUCGCUCGCUUGCAGUAGCUAGGUCGUUUGUGAUUGGAAAAACAGACAAAGAUAAGGUGAAGUUAGCUUGAGCGCAUGGUAACCAUCCUCGAAAACGGCUUCUUUCGUGUUGAGAGUUCUUGAAUCGAGGGAUUGCUUUGGUUGUAACUUUGAGGCUGGUGGUAAGCUGAGGGACACAACCAGCGAGUGGUUGGAAGGGGAAUUUAAUGAGAUCAACCGUGGAACUGUUCGUUUAGGCAAUUUGAGAACCUGCAUAUAAUCAUCUAGUGACUGACGGUUUGUAGUAUGCGGUAGCUACUACCCUUAGAAGCAAUGGCUGUAGUAGAUGAGCUUAGCAGACAUGUAAGUACUUGACUACAAACCGACGGCGCGCGCUACAUAUACUGAGGUUUAAGUUCAAAGGCUAAGCAAGGUUUGGACGCACA